AUGUCGCUGCUCAGUGUUAACUCGUCUUUGACACGCAACGCCGUACGAGGUAGCAAGCUGCUUCCUCGAGGCGUGGCGGGCUCCGUUUCAGCCUCCAACGGCAUCAAUGCAAACUUUAGCACCUCUUCUGCCGCUCAGCACAAAGAGGUCAGAUUCUCAAACGAGACGAGAGCUUCGAUGCUCAAGGGUGUCAACUUGCUCGCUAACGCCGUCAGCGUCACCCUCGGUCCCAAGGGUGAGUGGUCACUACAAUCACAUCCAUGAGCUGCGAAGAUCGGCAGCAUGGUAGGCGGUGCAGGGAAACGCGUUGCUGAUUCCAACCACCGUCAUGUCACAGGCCGCAAUGUCAUCAUCGAGCAAGCCUUUGGUGGUCCCAAGAUCACAAAGGGUGAGUACGACGGACGCGGCGCUCCGAUCAUCGUAGGCGCAUACACCUUUCCCCUGCGGCCCACUGAAUCUCCAUUGUUUUUCCCCUGCUGCUUGCUAUUUGCUCAGAUGGUGUCACUGUCGCCAAGGCGAUCUCGCUGGAGGACAAGUUCGAGAACUUGGGUGCUCGUCUCGUGCUGGACGUAGCAGAAAAGACGAACGAGCUUGCUGGGGAUGGAACGACGACUGCCACUGUGCUUGCUCGUGCCAUCUAUGCUGAAGGUGUCAAGAAUGUUGCUGCCGGAUGCAACCCGAUGGACCUCAGGAGAGGCACGCAGGCCGCCGUGGAGGCCGUCAUUGCUCAUCUCGAAGCGAACAAGCGCGCUGUGACCACUAGCGAGGAGAUCGCGCAGGUAAGCAGGUGUGAUGAGGCUCUCAAGAUUCUUUCAGGUCAGUCAGCUUACUCGACUCACACCGAUCCUGCAGGUCGCUACCAUCUCGGCGAACGGAGACCGCCACGUCGGGCAACUAUUGGCCACUGCGAUGGAGAAGGUAGGCAAAGAGGGCGUCAUCACUGUCCGCGAAGGAAAGACUCUGGAGGAUGAAAUCGAAAUCACAGAGGGUAUGCGCUUCGACCGAGGCUACAUCAGCCCUUACUUCAUCACCGACGUCAAGACGCAAAAGACCGAAUUUGACAGGCCGCUCGUCUUGCUUUCGGAGAAGAAGAUUAGCCUUCUCCAAGACAUUCUUCCUUCGCUCGAAGCUGCUGCGCAAGCGAGAAGGCCACUCUUGAUCAUCGCAGAGGACAUUGAUGGCGAGGCUCUUGCCGCAUGCAUUCUCAACAAGCUCCGCGGCCAGCUGCAAGUCUGCGCUGUCAAGGCACCAGGAUUCGGUGACAACAGAAAAAGCAUUCUGGGCGACCUUAGCAUUCUCACAGGUGGUCAAGUCUUCUCUGACGAACUGGAGACGAAGCUGGACAGGUCGAGCAUCGAUAUGCUCGGCAGCACUGGUAGUGUGACCGUAACCAAGGAAGACACCAUCUUCUUGAAUGGUGAAGGCAACAAGCAGCAGAUCGAGGCUCGCUGCGAGCAGAUCCGAUCGGCCAUCAAUGAUCCUUCUACUGGAGAGUAUGACCGAACCAAGUUGCAAGAGAGACUUGCCAAGCUGAGCGGAGGUGUGGCCGUAAUCAAGGUUGGAGGCAGCUCAGAAGUCGAGGUGGGAGAGAAGAAGGACAGGUACGACGAUGCGCUCAACGCUACUCGUGCCGCUGUCGAAGAGGGCAUCGUUCCAGGCGGAGGCAUCGCACUUUUGAAAGCAACGGCAGCUCUCGAAGCACUCAAACCGGCCAACUUUGACCAGCAAUUGGGCGUGUCCAUCAUCCGAGCGGCUCUCACACGUCCCACUCGACAGAUUGUGGAGAAUGCGGGCGAAGAAGGAUCGGUGGUCGUUGGACGUCUGUUGGAGAGUCCUGGAGACUUUUCGUACGGAUACGAUGCCAGCGUGGGAGAGUACAAGGAUAUGAUCGCUGCGGGCAUCUUGGAUCCUCUCAAGGUCGUCCGAACGGCUUUGCAGGAUGCUGCUGGUGUGUCUAGUCUGCUCUUCACCUCCGAGUGCGCCAUCGUCGAGGCGCCACAGAAGGAAGGUGCAGCCGGUGGCGGUAUGCCUGGUAUGGGAGGCAUGGGCGGUAUGGGAGGAAUGGGCGGUAUGAUGUAG